UAUACAUUGUCAGCCUUGACUCUAUGGAUUUACUCAUUCCUUUACCUCUAUUGUUGUCACCUGUUCCUACCAAGGAGUCCCCAGACCCAGAUGUCCGGAGAGGAGGGGGGCUGAAACUUCUGCACUCUGGAGAAAAAGGUUCUAGGCGAUGAAGAGGAAGUGCAGCUGAAGGAGCAGCUCUGGUAAAUAGGGUCUUUUGCCUUUUGGAAAAUGCAUUUAUCGCCCUGCUUGGCAACUCCCUCAGAAAGAACAGAACGUGUUUACUUCCAGAGAUGAACAUGUCCUCUCAACUGUAUGUUUCUGAACUAAACCUGAGUGCCUUUAGUAUCAACUUUACUGUGCCUACUGUCAAGAGCAAGUCAUCACCAUGUGAACAAGUAGUCAUUGCGGCUGAGGUGUUCCUAACUCUGGGCAUUGUUAGCCUCCUUGAAAAUAUUUUAGUUAUAUGUGCAAUAGUUAAGAACAAAAACUUGCAUUCACCCAUGUAUUUUUUUGUUUGCAGUUUAGCAGUGGCUGACAUGCUGGUUAGUGUGUCUAAUGCUUGGGAGACCAUAACGAUAUACUUAAUAAACAAUAGACACAUAAUUAUGGAAGAUGCCUUUGUCCGUCAUAUAGACAAUGUCUUUGAUUCAAUGAUCUGCAUAUCUGUGGUGGCUUCCAUGUGCAGUUUGCUGGCUAUCGCAGUAGACAGAUAUAUCACUAUCUUCUAUGCCCUGCGUUAUCACAACAUCAUGACAGUGAAAAGAUCAGGGCUUAUUAUUGCAUGCAUUUGGACCUUUUGCACAGGCUGUGGCAUCAUCUUCAUUCUUUAUUAUGAAUCAACUUACGUGAUCAUUUGUCUUAUCACUAUGUUUUUUACCAUGCUGUUCCUCAUGGUCUCACUGUACAUCCAUAUGUUCCUCCUGGCUCGUACUCAUGUGAAGAAAAUAGCUGCUUUGCCUGGAUACAACUCUGUCCAUCAAAGAACCAGCAUGAAAGGAGCCAUCACUCUGACCAUGCUUCUUGGCAUCUUCAUUGUUUGCUGGGCUCCAUUCUUCCUUCAUCUCAUCCUGAUGAUCUCCUGCCCUCAAAACCUCUACUGUGUUUGCUUCAUGUCUCACUUCAACAUGUACCUCAUUCUUAUUAUGUGCAACUCAGUGAUUGAUCCCUUGAUCUAUGCCUUUCGUAGCCAGGAAAUGAGGAAGACCUUCAAAGAGAUAAUUUGUUGCUAUAGCCUGAGAAUGCUCUGUGGGUUAUCAAACAAGUAUUAAGAAAACAAAACCAAACCAAACCAGGGAAGAGAAUGUAAAUGCAACAUCUUGCCGCAUUUUGUAAUUCUGCUGAAGUGCUUAUGGAACAUCUUUCUCUAUCUGGCUGUCAUGAUUUCUGUGGCAAUCAGAAAACAUUUUUUUAAUAUCUGAUUUUACCUUUCUUUCCGUGCACGCAUCUCUCUCACACUGGUGGUAGGAGCUACUCAGUGUAUCUGUAAUAUGGGGAGAAAGAACAUUUUGAACAUCAUUUGCCCUACUGAAGACUGGACCUUAUAAGAGGAUUAUACAGGGAAAGACUUAUUUUUCUUUCUACUAAAUGCAACGAGUGUGACCUGCCAUGCAAAUUAGCUCAUCAGCCUCUCAGUGUGUAUUUCUCUUGAUAUUCUUUGUCUCUCUAGAUACAGCAUGGUUUAUUUUGAUGCUCAGAAUUAACAGGUUUUUUGCUCUUUCAUUCUGAAGACAUAAAACCAGAGAAGUAGCCCCAGUUAUCAGGGUUCACAUACCUCGCUCAACAGUUAUGACCAAUAUAUAUGCACAUAUCAACAGUCUUGUAUUCCAGUCAUGACUGUUACUGUCAUAAAAUGUGUAUUAUGUAAGAAGACAGUGUUAUCAUGAGAUUUUCCAGGUUAGAUACAGUACUUUGUCAUAUUUGACUGUAUGUGUUCUUGCCACUGUGGAGUAGGAUGUACUGUAGGUGGAUUUUAAGGCUGAAUAUGAACACUGAUCUGAUUCUGCUUGUCUGUUUUCUUUAUUCAUCAGGAAUAGGGAAGUAAAGGGUACAUGAUCUCUAGAUAGUCAUAUAAUGUCUGAAAAGCUGAAAGCAUAACCCUUGUGUCAUGCUUUAGGGAUGCUCUAAAACUGUUGCUGUCAAUAGAAGGACUUGAUUCAGUGGGCCUUAGGUUAUACCUUCAAUGUGGAAGUUCUGAUCAGGUGUUCUGAAAAUUUUUCAAUACAGGGGUGGUCAAACAUGGGAACAGGUGUCCAGUGGUUGUGCAAUCUCUAUCCUUGAAGAUAUUCAGAACUUGACUGGACAUAGCAUUGAACAGUCUGCUCUAAGUUGAGAGCUGAUUCUAAAUUUGAAGUUGGCCCUGCUUUGAAUGAUUAGGAAUAGAUGACCUCCACAGGUCCCUUGCAACACAAAUUAUUCUGUGAUUCUAUGAAACAGAUUGCGUGAUAAAACAUGAUAAAAUUAUAGAUUUUUUUUUCUCUCCUAAUUUAAUCUCUUGUGUAAGAAGAGUUGUAAAAGAUGUUCCUCCUCACAUUCAGAAAUAUAGCCUGCUUUGUGUCUUCAUUUGCUUUGGAUGUCUCUGGCAGGGUAAAUAGGGUGCAUCUUUAGCACUAGAGUAAUAAAGUUUGUCUGCUGCACCUUAAAAUAUAUACUGCCUCCAGCUUGCACAUAUCUCCCUCUAACAUGUUAUUCUCAGUGGACACACCUUAUUAUGUGGACUGUAAAUACAAUAGUUAUGUCAGCACACUAAGUGCUAGUAUCUUCCUUCAGCUAUAUCUGGAAAGGCAGUUUCAGAGGUAUGUUUGUGGUUGAUAGUGAGAAUCUUGCCUUGUUUCAGUCCACCUCUUAACCCUAUCCAUAAAUGACACCUAAGAGUGGGUUCUUGCUGCUAUGGAUGUAAAUAGCAAAAGUAGACAGUUCAAUUUCAUAGUGAAAGGCACCAGCUGAUUUGUAAAUAAAUAAUUAAAUCUUCACUGGGUAUUGCAGAUAAGACAGUCUUGUACAUAACUGUAAAUCAACAAAGAGGAAGUCAAACUGUAAUAACUUUGGGUAUUUUCUUGAAUUGUACAUUACUUUUUUGUUGGAAGUUUAUUUGAUGUAUAAACACAGACAUAUGAAGAAACUAUUAAAGUGGAUUGCUGGAAA